AUCUGAGUUUGCGUUCAUAAAAAAAAUUUCGUUGGUGUUUGUGGUAAAGGACUGAAACCCACUCGUCCACGUAACUCCUCAGAGUCCUUGUUUUGUUUCCAUGCAAAGCCGUCCCACUUCAACGUGUGGAUUUCGUGCUGUUUGUACAUAUGUUCACCAUUCUACAAAUAAUUCUGACUCUGUCUCUCUCGGUCUGUCUCGCACUUCAACCCAGAAAUCCGAAGCCGCAGCCCCCCCAAAUCAAGAGUCACAGGCCAAAAACACCAGAAAAUACGGGGAAAACCCAUGGAAAAUGGAAUUCUCAAUCAUGGAGUGGACACGGCUUCAACCAUCACAAUCAAAGGUAUCCUUAGCCUUUUAAUGCAGAGCAUCGAUGAGAACGGCAACAAGAGGGUGAUUUCCUUGGGCAUGGGUGACCCUUCUGCUUAUUCAUGCUUUCACACCACCCAUGUUGCCGAAGAAGCUGUCGUUGAUGCUAUUCAAUCUGAGAAGUUCAAUGGUUAUGCACCGACUGUUGGUCUUCCUCAAACAAGAAUAGCAAUCGCUGAGUAUUUGUCUCGUGAUCUUCCAUACAAGUUAUCUGCUGAUGAUGUUUUUAUCACAUCUGGUUGCACACAAGCGAUUGAUGUUGCGCUGGCUAUGCUUGCCUGCCCUGGUGCAAAUAUCUUGCUUCCAAGGCCAGGCUUCCCAAUUUAUGAACUUUGUGCUGGUUUUAGAAACCUUGAAGUUCGGUAUUUUGAUCUUCUACCUGAGAAAGGCUGGGAGGUUGAUCUUAAUGCCAUUGAGGCUCUUGCAGAUCAGAACACAGUUGCCUUGGUAGUUAUCAACCCGGGGAAUCCUUGUGGGAAUGUUUAUAGUUACCAACAUCUAAAGGAGAUUGCAGAAACUGCAAAUAGGCUCAGAAUUCUUGUAAUUGCUGAUGAAGUAUAUGGACACCUUGCUUUUGGGAAAAAUCCGUUUGUGCCAAUGGGAGUUUUCGGGUCAGAAGUUCCUGUUCUCACUCUUGGGUCUCUGUCUAAGAGAUGGAUAGUGCCUGGUUGGAGACUUGGCUGGUUUGUGACAACUGAUCCCGCUGGCAUGUUUCGGGAACCCAAGAUUAUCGAGCGUAUUAAGAAGUAUUUUGAUAUUCUAGGGGGCCCUGCAACCUUCAUUCAGGCAGCAGUUCCUCGCAUCCUUGAGCAAACUGAAGAGUUCUUCUUCAAGAAAACUAUUAAAUUACUGAAGCAGGCAUCAGAUACUUGUUAUUAUAAGAUAAAGAAGAUCCCUUGCAUUACCUGUCCACACAAGCCAGAGGGAUCUAUGGCUGUAAUGGUGAAGCUGAAUCUUUCACUGCUGGAAGACAUCUGUGAUGAUAUUGAUUUCUGUUUCAAGCUGACCAAGGAGGAAUCUGUUAUCAUUCUUCCAGGAACUGCUGUGGGGCUAAAGAAUUGGCUCCGUAUUACUUUUGCUGUUGAUCCUUCAUUUCUUGAAGAAGGUUUAAGGAGGACGCAAUCUUUUUGUCAAAGACAUGCAAAACAGUUAUGAAAAUACAAACUACCAAAGGUUAUGGCUUUUGUCAAUUGUCAUACAAACUUCCAAGUCAUCCUUGUAUUGAUUUGCAUUCAUGCAAGGGAGACUUGGAAGAAACUUUCUUACAGUGCAAAAUCUAUGGAAGAAAGGGGUAAUGUAUACACAUAUUGUGGAGAAUUAUACAAACUGUCUCCCUCAAAUUAUACAUCAGCUGUAUGCAAACUUAUUGAUUCUGAUAUCUGAUCAUGUUCUAACUCUUGCUUA